AUGCCGCGCAAGUUGCUGUCUCGACCAACUGUUCCGCUGCUCGUACUGGGCAUAUGGAUACUUCCGCCUCGUCAUGAGUACCUGUCGGGGACGGUGGUGAACGCCCUGAGGGAGCAGCACGGGGAGUUCCUUCUGAAGGAGCUCGUGCGAAGGUGGUCCAACCACAAGAUCAUGAACCAGUGGAUGCAGAAGUUCUUUCAGUACCUCGACAGGUACUACGUGAAGCACCACUCGUUGCCAUCGUUGAAGGAGGCGGGGCUGAAGCACUUCAAGACGCUCGUCUACGAUGCCGUCAAGUCGACGGUGGUGAACGCGAUGCUGGACGUAAUCAACAAGGAGAGGGAAGGGACCAUCAUCGACCGACCGCUCAUUGGAUCGUGCGUGGAGUUGUUCGAGUCGAUGGGGAUGGCUACGCUGGACUAG